AUCUUUAACUGACUCUCCUACGAGGCCUCCAAAAACAAGAAACGCAUUCUUCUCCGGUUAUCUCUCAGGGUUACUCUCAAAGGUUCUUCAUGAUCAUCAGCGUCGCAAUUGUAACCAAAAAAUGCAGACUUCACGCAGUGAUCAUCAGGUGUAUCAGCGGAGAGCUAAAACAAUAGUCAACAGCAUUGCAGAGAUAAAUGCAGGUCACUCGGAGCGAAAACUGCCAUUCCCACCAAAACUUGUUCAGGUCUAUGCUAGGAGGCGGCAGAACGUGAGGAUGAGCAGGUUAAAGGCAGAGUUAGCAGAUUCUGCUGCCAUGGAUAUCUUGGACGAAAAUAGAGAGGAUCAUGAUCUCGGUGAAGGUGAACAGCGUAGUACAGGAGGCGAACUUCUAAAUUUUGUUCUGGCUGAUGGCACGGCACUGCAUGGAAGCAAAACUGACAGGCAUAAAGAAGUCUGGGAGGGUGCCGAAGUCACCAAUUUACUAGAUGCCUUUAGUGCCGAGGAUGCUGCAUUGGCUGGAAUUAGUUUCACUGAACUGUUGAGCUCAUCUAUUGCACCAAAUAUCGAAUCCUUCAGUAUAGAAAGAAUUUCUGCAGUUGAUGGUGAUCGCAAUAAUGGAGACGUGCAAGUUGAAAAGGGAGAUGCCGGCUGUUUUACGAGUCUUGGCCUUAAUCAGGCUCGUUGUGGCCAAGCAACUGGGAGCACGGCAAGCCUCGAAACAUUUAGUAUGAAAAGAGGUUCUGCAGCGGAUGGUGGUGAUCAAGGUAACGGUGAAGAUCAGGUUGCUAAGGAAAACACCACCUACUCUACAAGUUUAGUCCCUGAUCAGGCUUGUCACGACCACACAACAGGGAGCACUUCAAGGGAAGAUGCCUUUGCUCCUCCGACUCCAUUGCACAGUCGCAAUGUGCACAAGAUACGCAGAAUUGGCAUCGAUUUAAACAAGGCACCAAGGCCGAAACCAAGGAAGAAGAAGCAUGCCAUCCCCAAAAUUGCUACUGGAAAACCUGUGAGAACUCCAAAGCUUGAAACUCGAGAGAAUGGUUCCUCUACAGGAAAAAGGAAGUAUGUGCGGAAAAAUGUUGUGGAAGGUUCAUCAACACCAUUUGUAGAAGAAUCACCCAGGAAGAAUGUGAGGAAGAAUCAGUCGCCGAAUACUCCCAUUGAGGAUGCUUUGAGGGAAUAUUCUUCUCCUAGCUGUAAAUCUUCUCCGAGUGUUAUCCAAAAAGCAAGUGACCCAACUUUUGGACUUAGAGAGAAAUCGUGUAAGCGGCGCUUGAACUUUGAUGAGUUCCCGAAGGUAGAUGUGAAGGGAUAUGAUCGUACUGAGAAUUUUGACCUCAAUUUGCUACCUCAAGAAUUGAUAUCUCAACCUCGAGUUCAGGGUAGAGUGAUUAGAAGAAGUCAAUGUCUCAUUGGAAGUCGAAAAGUUGGGCCAAAUUUUCCAGAGAUAUACAAGGGGAAGAGAACCGAGAGGCAUCGAAAAGCAUUUCUGGGCUGUCUUCCUUGUUUCCCAAGAAGUUUCAAGAAGAAGAGGUCUAUUAGGAGGUCUAGAGCAAAUAUACCUGGACUCUGGUUACUUAUAUUAGAAGUUGUUCAUGAAAAACAAAGAAAAUUGUUGCAGAGGAGGCAGCUGAAAAUGAAAGGUUUGAAGGUAAAGAAUGCGAAAGAGAAAUCUACUGAAAUUGUUGAGGGGGGACAACAGAGUCGUAAUAAUGCUCAGAUGGGUGAUAUGAUAAUUGAAGCUUCUCCAAAAAAAGCACCAAAGAAAAGAGCCGGUACAACAAAAGGCCUAGUGGAAAAACUGCUCGAACAAAACAUUCAGAAGCUGAUGCGUUUGAGUAUUGAAGAUGGAGUUGGCACUCUGAGUUUGGUUCCUUAUAAGCCUAAGCAAAAGGCACCAAAGGUCCUUCUAGACGCUGAAACCAUGAGAGCAUGGAAUAAAUUGAUGAUGUUAGAGUAUGCGGACAAUGACAACAGCGGGGAAACAGAAAAAGACGAAAGAUGGGAAAGAGAGAGAGAUAAGUUUCGUUUAUGGGUUGAGAACUUCACCGCUUAUAUGCACAUGAUCCUAGGAGAUAGACGUUUCACGCCAUGGAAAGGUUCAGUCGUAGACUCGGUGGUUGGAGUUUUCCUCACUCAGAAUGUAUCAGAUUAUCUCUCUAGCUCUGCUUUUAUGUCACUCUGCGCCAAGUUUCCUCCUAAGUCAGCAAAUGAAGAUAGAGAAGAUGCGAAAAUUGACGAGCGUGCGGAGCGAAUUGCGAGUAAUGCGGGAUUUGUCGAGUCUGAAACAGAAUUGGAUGAUGGGACAAGAAAAGGGUCUGAUGAAUGCUCAGGUGUAGAUCAAGGAAGCAGAUAUGUGCAGAACAUGCCUUCACUUUCAACUGAAUCGAAAAAUCUUUGUAAUGUCUUUCCAUUUCCUGCCAAAGGCUCUCCCUCAAUUUGUCUUUCCCAAGAAAGUAGCCCAUUUCCAGAAGAUGUGAUCGAGAAGAUUGAUUCGGUAAAUGUUCGAGCUGAGAGACGAGUCCAAAGUGACCCAAUAUUCGAAGAAAUUAGUGAAAAAGAUCAUGCUCAAGUGGAAAACGAAACAGCUUCUCCGAGCAGAAAGAAGAAGAGUGUUUCUCAGAAGGAAAAGAAGACAGUGGACCCCGCAGAAUGGGAAAGAUUAAGGAAAAUAUAUUCAACUGAUGGACCAAGACCUAAGGAUCAUAUGGACUCGGUGGACUGGGAGGCAGUGAGAUGUGCAAAGCUCGAGGAAGUAGCCGAGACAAUUAGAGAACGAGGUCAGCAUUAUAUCAUCGCGUCACGAAUACAGGAAUUCCUCACGGGUUUGGUUACGCUGCAUGGUAGUAUCGACCUUGAAUGGUUACGUAACUGUCCACCCAAUAAAGCGAAAGAUUACCUUCUAAAAGUGAAUGGAUUGGGACUGAAAAGUGUUGAAUGUGUACGACUUUUGUGUCUUCGAAAUAUGGCCUUCCCGGUCGAUACUAAUGUUGGGCGCAUAGCAGUCCGUCUUGGUUGGGUACCAUUACUACCUCUACCAGAUAACCUUCAAUUGCAUCUGCUUGAAAAAUACCCGAUAAUGGACGAGAUUCAAAGGUAUCUAUGGCCACGAAUUUGUACUCUUCACCAGCGAACACUAUACGAGCUGCAUUAUCAUCUGAUUACAUUUGGAAAGGUUUUUUGCACAAAGAGAAGUCCGAAUUGCAAUGCGUGUCCACUAAGGGGGGACUGCAAACAUUUUGCAAGUGCAUUUGCAAGUUCAUUUCCCCUCCCACCACCACGGGAUGAAAGUGUGGUGACCUCGGUGGUACCUGUUUCAGCCGAUGAAAAUAAUUUCGACCAGAGCUCAACAGUCAUUAGAAAUUCCGUCCCGUUGUUGGAGCCAAACAGUCAGGCCAGUAUCUGUCAGCCUAUUAUUGAGGAGCCAGCGACCCCAGAACCAGAGACUUGUAUCUCACCGUUGAGGGAUAUUGAAGAUCUUUGCCUUGGCAAUGAUAGUGAUGAUGAAAUCCCAACCAUAAAGCUGAAUUCGAGUGCAUUUGUUGAUAAUUUGUGUAGUAUCAUGAACGAGAAUAACAGGCCGAUUCAAGAUGCUUCAAAAGCACUGGUUGUUUUGACACCGGAAGCUGCAUCCAUUCCUUCGACUAAGCUGAAGUAUGUCGGUCGUCUAAGGACGGAACACGAAGUGUACGAGCUCCCAGAUGACCAUCCCCUUGUGAGAUCGCUUGAUAGACGCGAACCUGAUGAUCCAUGCCCUUACCUUCUUGCCAUAUGGCCCACUGGUCCAUUAGAAUUGCCGGAAUCAAGAUGCGAGUCUGAAACCCCAGGAGACUUGUGUAACAAUGAAAGAUGCUUAUCUUGUCAUGCUUGUGGGGAUUGGAGUCCGAAGACAGUUAAAGGAACGAUACUGAUACCAUGUCGAACGGCAAUGAGGGGUUCAUUUCCUUUAAAUGGGACAUACUUUCAAGUAAAUGAGGUUUUUGCUGAUGAUGAAUCUAGUCGUGACCCGAUCGACGUUCCUAGGGAUUCGAUAUGGUUCUUAACAAAAAGAAUAGCGUAUUUCGGGACCUCAACCACUACUAUUUUGAGAGGAUUACCGAUCCAGAAAAUUCAGAAAUGCUUUUGGCAAGAAUUUGUUUGCGUACGAGGAUUUGAUCGCAAGACUAGGGCUCCUAGGCCUCUAUCGAUCCGGUUCCAUCGUCCUACAAGCAAGACAGGCAAAGGAGCUGCUGCUGCUGCUGCUGCUGCAGAUGAUGAGUAGGCCGAAGUGUGAGAAAGGUGGGAAGAAACUCGACGAGCUGUGAGGGAGGGAGGGAGUUAGGAGGCUGGCCAUUCAGGGGUACGCCCAUUGUAUAUACCGAUUGAAUUGAAUCAUUCUUAUGUUAAAAAAUUAGGCAGAAAAAUUGCCCGCGACAAAUGUCGCUGCUUCUAUGUUUAAUUUAUUUGUAGUCAUCCAAUCUUUAGGAGGAUUGCAACCAGCUGCUGAUAUCUGUUAUGAACAUUGUGAGCAAUCAUUAGGUCUUUCCCGUAUU